AUGCGAAUAGCAUCAGUACCGUUCUAUGCAUUCGUGCUGCUCGCAUCCAUCCAGCCAAUCCUCGCGAAACGGAUGUUGGAGCGGCCAAUUUUCCAUCAGUCUACGAAUCUUCGUGAAACCACCCUUCGCGAUGCAUUCAGCUUGCUUCGAAUUGGAUAUGACGUAGAGAAGCGAGCAGCGUCACCUCAGCAGGAUGCUCCAUCACAGUCAGCGACGGAACAGAAUCCGCCAGCCGGGACCUCAGGGUUGGCUCCUCCACCUGUAUUUGACGAACAAAAAUUCAACGCAGCUGCAGACAAGGCUUGCCUCAAGGCCCUCGACAAUUUGGAGAUGGUUGUGAACCCAUCUGGCAUGGCGGCGUGUUUCAAUAUACCUUAUUUCGACAAUAAAACUGGCGCAUUCGAGGCUGAUAUCAGAGUGUACAAGCUGGCGGAGGCGGUGGGAGAGUUUGCAGGAAUCCCACUCUCCGAGUACGCACUGAAAAUGAAUAUUCCGCAGGCUACCAUUUCAAAUCCCCGUCGACUUGUUGAUAAGACUCGAAAUGACCAGGGCCAGAUUAAGUUGUUAGAGGAAUUCCGGAAUUUCGGGCAAAUAUCCACGCAGCUACAAGUUGACAAACUGACAAAAGACGACAUCCGCGUCCUUCUAAUCCCCAACAUAACCGUUGGCGCCUCAAACCCGCAAAACCAGAAAUCCGUCAUGACCACAUUAUCCUCAGACACCCUAUCCUAUGUUGCAGGAUUCUUUACAAACAAAGACAACUCCCCUGUCAACAUAACCAUGCCCGAUGCCAACUCUAGACUCCCGGGCAUCGUAGCUGCAGCCACUGCAUUCGUCUUACCAGGCACCACUCUAGGUAUCUUCCCAACGGGCCUGAUACUAACCAGUGCGUGGGCCGGGGUCUUCUUAGUUGCUGUGGGCUAUGGAACCAUUAUCCGAAUGAAGUUCCGCGAUCAUUACCGGCGACGAUUACGGAUGGCGGCCGCGAGGGCGGAGGGAAAUGUAAGGAUUUAA